CAGAACAAAUGACACAAUAUCUCUAUCCCAAAGGAGCUUGCAGCUUAGUUGAGAAGACAAAAGCUACUUAUAGCUAUUAAGGAAAUGUAAGUGUUGAAGGAUGAUAAGACUUCGAGUUGUUAUAGAAAAGGUGGAGGCACUGAUUCAUUCAACAGGAUUUAUGUCAGUUGCUGGAGAUACAAAGUCAAACAGAUGUCACACAAACUCUAAGGUCAACAGUCUUGGAAGACAAGGGGAGCUUCAUCUCCUUGUGAUUAUUGUUUUCAGCAUUGCACACGAGAAGGCGGCCUGAGUGGUGCGGCGCUCAGGACACACCAGCAAUGCUGCUCUUCGUGCUCACCUGCCUGCUGGCGGUCUUCCCAGCCAUCUCCACGAAGAGUCCCAUAUUUGGUCCCCAGGAGGUGAGUAGUGUGGAAGGUAACUCAGUGUCCAUCAAGUGCUACUACCCACCCACCUCUGUGAACCGGCACACCCGGAAGUACUGGUGCCGGAAGGGAGCCAGUGGCCGCUGCAUAACCCUCGUCUCCUCAGAGGGCUACGUCUCCAGCAACUAUGCAGGCAGGGCUAACCUGACCAACUUCCCGGAGAACGGCACAUUUGUGGUCAACAUUGCCCAGCUGAGCCGGGAUGACUCCGGGCACUACAAGUGUGGCCUGGGCAUCAACAGCCGAGGCCUGUCCUUUGAUGUCAGCCUGGAGGUCAGCCAGGGUCCUGAGCUCUCAAAUGACACUGAAGUCUACACAGUGGACGUGGGCAGAACGGUGACCAUCAAAUGCCCUUUCAAGACUGAGAAUGCUCCGAAGACGAAGGCCUUGUACAAGAAGAUAGGCCAGAGCUCUGUGCUGGUCAUUGACUCCAGAAGUUAUGUGAAUCCCAACUAUCAGGGCAGAAUACGCCUUCGUAUUCCAGGUACUGGCCAGUUAAUUUUCACCGUUGUCAUCGACCGACUCAGGCUCAGCGAUCAUGGACUGUAUCUCUGCCAGGCCGGGGAUGGUUCCAAUCGUGAUGAGAAGAAUGCUGACCUCCAAGUGCUAAAGCCCGAGCCCGAACUGGUUUAUGAAGACCUGAGAGGCUCAGUGACCUUCCACUGUGCCCUGGGCCUUGAGGUGGCAAAUGUGGCCAAAUUUCUGUGCCGAGUGAACAGUAGGGAAACCUGUGACGUGGUCAUCAACACACUGGGGCAGAGGGACUCAGCCUUUGAGGGCAGGAUCCUGCUCAACCCCCAGGACAAGGAUGGCUCAUUCAGUGUGGUGAUCACGGGCCUGAGGAAGGAGGAUGAAGGGCGCUACCUGUGUGGAGCCCACUCGGAUGGUCAGCUGCAGGAAGGCUGGCCCAUCCAGGCCUGGCAACUCUUCGUCAAUGAGGAGUCCACGAUUCCCCGCAGCCCCACUGUGGUGAAGGGGGUGGCAGGAGGCUCUGUGGCGGUGCUCUGCCCCUACAACCCUAAGGAAAGCAAAAGCCUCAAGUACUGGUGUCUCUGGGAAGGGGCCCAGAAUGGCCGCUGCCCCCUGCUGGUGGAGAGCCAGGGGCUGGUUCAGGAGCAGUACGAGGGCCGCCUCGCCCUGCUCCAGGAGCCAGGCAACGGCACCUUCACUGUCAUCCUCAACCAGCUCACCACCCAGGACGCCGGCUUCUACUGGUGUCUGACCAACGGCGAUACUCGCUGGAGGACCACCGUGGAGAUCAAGAUUAUCGAAGGAGAACCAAACCUCAAGGUACCAGGGAAUGUCACGGCUGUGCUGGGAGAGACUCUCAACAUCCCCUGCCACUUCCCAUGCAAAUUCUCCUCGUAUGAGAAAUACUGGUGCAAGUGGAGUAACACAGGCUGCCAGACCCUGCCCAGCCAAGAUGAAGGCCCCAGCGAGGCCUUCGUGAACUGUGACGAGAACAGCCGGCUUGUCUCCCUAACCCUGAACCCAGUGACCAGGGCAGACGAGGGCUGGUACUGGUGUGGAGUGAAGCAGGGCCACUUCUAUGGAGAGACUGCAGCUGUCUAUGUGGCAGUUGAAGAGAAGAAGGUAGCAGGGUCCCGCGAUGUCAGCCCAGCGAAGGCGGACGCUGCUCCUGAUGAGAAGGUGCUAGAUUCUGGUGUCCGGGAGAUUGAAAACAAAGCCAUUCAGGAUCCCAGGCUUUUUGCAGAGGAAAAGGUCGUGGCAGAUACGGGAGAUCAAGCCGGUGGGAGCAGAGCAUCUGUGGAUUCCAGCAGCUCUGAGGAACAAGGUGGGAGCUCCAAAGCGCUGGUCUCCACUCUGGUGCCCCUGGGCCUGGUGCUGGCACUGGGAGCCGUGGUUGUGGGGGUGGCCAGAGCCCGGCACAGGAAGAACGUCGACCGAGUUUCAAUCAGAAGCUACAGGACAGACAUUAGCAUGUCAGACUUCGAGAACUCCAGGGAAUUUGGAGCCAAUGACAAUAUGGGAGCCUCUUCGAUCACUCAGGAGACAUCCCUCGGAGGAAAAGAUGAGUUUGUUGCCACCCCUGAGAGCACCACGGAGACCAAAGAACCCAAGAAGGCAAAAAGGUCAUCCAAGGAGGAAGCUGAGAUGGCCUACAAAGACUUCCUGCUCCAGUCCAGCACUAUGGCCACCGAGGCUCAGGAAAGCCCCCAGGAAGCCUAGAUGGGGUUGCCUCCUGCCUCCUGCACCCAUGACAAUCACCUUCAGAAUCAUGUCGAUCCUGGGGCCCUCAGCUCCUGGGGACCCCGUUGCCUGCUCUAACACCUGCCUAGGUUUUUCCUACUGUCCUCAGAGGUGUGCUGGUCCCCUACUCAGUGACAUCGAAGCCUGGCCUAAUUGUUCCUACUGGGGAUGAGGGCAGCGUGAGGAGGUCCCACUUGCAACUUCUUUCUGUUGAGAGAACCUCAGAUAUGGAGAAGAAUAGAAGUCCUCACAGGUCCCUUGAAGGAAGAGGGACGGGGUGGGAGAGCUGAUUGCAGAAAGGACAGACGUGUAACGCCCCUCUGCACCCUUAUCAUGGGAUGUCAACAGAAGUUUCCCUCCACUCCAUUUCUCCCUCCAUCCUUUCUCUCUUCUUCUUUCCUUCCAUCAAAAGAUGUAUUUGAAUACGUACAGAAUUCAGGCGCUCUGCUAGAUGCUGUGACAGGUAUGCCACCAACACCGCUCACAGCCUUUCUGAGGACACCACUGAAAGAAGCCACAGUUCCUCUUGGUGUAUUUAUACUCACUGAGUCUUAACUUUUCACCAGGUGUGCUCACCUCUGCCCCUGUUGGGAGAGGUCAUAAAAUUUCUCGAGUCCUAAAGCCUCAGGGGUCAUGUAUGAUGAGCGUACAUACAGGUAAUUAUAAACCCACAUUCUUACCAUUUCACACAUGAGAAAAUUAGGGUUUGGAAGAGUGAAGCAUUUUUCUUUCCUUUUUUUUUUUUUUUUGAGAUGGAGUUUCGCUCUGUUGCCCAGGCUGGAGUGCAGUGGCACGAUCUUAGCUCACUGCAACCUCCGCCUCUUGGGUUGACACCAUUCUCCUGCCUCAGCCUCCCAAGUAGUUGGGACUACAGGCGCCCGCCACCAUGCCUGGCUAAUUUUUUGUAUUUCUAGUAGAGACAGCGUUUCACUGUGUUAGCCAGGAUGGUCUCGAUCUCCUGACCUCGUGAUCUGCCCGCCUCGGUCUCCCAAAGUGCUGGGAUUACAGCCGUGAGCCACCAUGCCUGGCCUCUUUUUUUCUUUUCUAUUUUUUUUGAGACAUAGCCUCACUGUGUCACCCAGACUGGAAUGCAGUGACACAAUCUCGGCUCACUGAAACCUCUGCCUUCCAGGUUCAAGCGAUUCUCGUGCCUCAGUCUCCCAAGUAGUUGGGACUACAGAUGUGGGCCACCACACCUGGCUUUUUUUUUUUUUUUUUUUUUUUUGUAGCGACAGGGUUUCACCAUGUUGACCAGACUGCUCGAACUCCUGGCCUCAAGUGAUCCGCCCACUUUAGCCUCUCAAAGUGCUGGGAUUACAGGCAUGAACCACUGCACCCAGCCCUGAAGCAUUUUUCUCAAAGGCCCCCAGUGAGAUAAACUAGAUUUGGUGUCUUCUCUCCCGGGCCAGGGAUCUCUCUACAAGAGCCCCUGCCCCUCUGUAAGGAGGAGGAGGGAGAAGAGAAGAUGUAAAGGAGGGAGAUCAUUCCCAGGCCCACCAUUUCUGUCACUCACAUGGACCUAAGAUAAAAGAAUGGCCAAACCCUCACAACCCCUGGUGUUUGAAGAGUUCCAAGUUGAAGGGAAACAAAGAAGUGUUUGAUGGUGUCAGAGAGGGGCUGCUUUCCAGAAAGCUAACAUUAAUUUCUUUUUCCCUCUGAGUUCUGUACUUCAACCAGCCUACAAGCUGGCACUUGCUAACAAAUCAGAAAUAUGACAAUUAAUAAUUAAAGACUGUGAUUGCCACCAA